AUGAAGCCUGAAGAUUAUACGGAAACGUUCAGAUUUCGAGAGCAUAAAUUCAGGCCAAGAGAAUUUUUAGAACAGAACACAACAAAACAUCUGAUCCAAGAUAAGGAAAUCUUUCGUGCAGCAGAAGUAGGAGAUCUCACUAAGCUUGUACAUCUGGACAACAAAUCCAUGGCUCUCCGGAACAGACAAGGACAAUCUGUUCUUCAUAGAGCAGCCAUCUUUGGAAGAAAGAGCGUCAUUCACCUCCUUUUGGGAAACAACCUUGUUACCAAAAUGGCCUUGAACGUGGAAGACAACCAAGGAUUGAAACCGUUGGACUAUGCCCUCGCACAUGGGCACGAUGAAAUCGCGGAGAUGUUGAGAGCGCAUGAUCGCAAUCUGCUCUUGAGCUCGCCCAAGGAGUAUGACACCAUAUCCAAUGCCUCCUCCCCUUCGGAAGAAUCGUCAAUCCAAGACAGAGACGAGAGCGAGGCUCUGGCAGCAAGCCCGGUCCAAGCGCAAGACAAGAGCCUCAUCUGGAGAAACAGAAUGAGAGCGAUGAUGCGCUACUAUCGAGAUCGCAUGAUCCCCCCAUCAUAUGUCAACGCGUACCCGGGAGUUCACUGA